UCCAGGCGAAUGGCGCUUGAGGAUGGCUGAGUGCAGCCGCCAGCGCCGUGAAGUUGUUGAGCUUAAAAAACUAGGGAAACGAGUUUGCCUUCAUUUUCAGAAACACAAUAACUGAACUGAAAAGUUACAGCGGUUUGGAAAGUUUAGGGGAACUGUCAGAAAAUGUCACCUGGAAAAGUUCUGCAACCUGCAGUGAAAAUGAAGGUGGAUGAACUCUUUUUGUGCUGGUUGAGUCAGCCUGCAACUCAGCUAAUACUGAAGGACUGCUUGAGAAGAAUCAAGAAUAAGGAGAAAACAGAGUUUGGUAAUGCAGAUUCAGGAAACAGUAAAAAUGAGAGCUUCAUCAGUAAAAAUUCCAAUUCCAAACAGUGCAUAUUAGGAGAUACCAGGUUGCCUUUGAUGUCUUUGAGUCCUCCUCAGCUUUCUACUACUCUUCCAUUGGCAACUCCAGCUAGCUCAAGGAGCAUUUCUAAUGUUAGAGCAACGCGUCGAUCCUCAGGGACCAAAGAAGUUCAAACAAAGAAGGAAGAAACUUUGCCACCGUCACAUAGUCAAAACAUUCCAACUUUUUAUUUUCCUCGAGGAUGUCCUAAGGAAAAAGUAAAUAUAGAUGCUGUGAUUGCCAAAAUUGAGAAGACUUUUUCUGAAUUUCCAAAUGAGAGGGCAACGUUAGAAGACAUGGGUAAGGUUGCAAAGGCUUGUGAAUGCCCACUCUACUGGAAAGGUCCUUUGUUUUAUUGUGCUGGAGGUGAACGAACAGGAUAUGUGUCAGUUCAUAAAUUUGUUGCAAUGUGGCGGAAAGUACUUCAGACCUGCUAUGAUGAUGCUGCAAAGUUUGUUCACCUUCUGAUGAACCCUGGAUGUAACUACUUGGUGCAAGAAGACUUCAUUCCUUUUUUACAAGAUGUGGUGAACAGUCAUCCAGGCCUUUCAUUUUUAAAAGAAGCAUCUGAAUUCCAUUCUCGGUAUAUUACAACAGUCAUACAGAGAAUAUUUUAUACAGUAAAUAGGUCCUGGUCUGGGAAAAUAACUUGUAAUGAGCUCAGGAAAAGCAACUUUUUGCAGAAUGUGGCAUUAUUGGAAGAGGAAGCUGAUAUUAACCAGCUGACAGAAUACUUCUCAUAUGAACAUUUUUACGUUAUCUAUUGCAAAUUUUGGGAGCUGGAUACAGACCAUGACCUCUAUAUUGAUCGGAAGGAUUUAGCUCGACAUAAUGAUUAUGCAAUUUCAAAUAGGAUGAUAGAGCGCAUCUUCUCAGGAGCAGUAACAAGAGGUAGAAAAGCACAGAAGGACGGGAAGAUUAGCUAUGCUGAUUUUGUCUGGUUUUUGAUAUCUGAAGAGGACAAGAAAACACCAACUAGCAUUGAAUACUGGUUCCGCUGCAUGGAUCUUGAUGGGGAUGGUGCUUUGUCUAUGUAUGAAUUGGAAUAUUUUUAUGAAGAACAGUGCCAAAAAUUAGAUAACAUGGCCAUAGAACCUUUGCCAUUUGAAGACUGUCUGUGCCAGAUGCUGGAUCUUGUAAAGCCACAACAUGAAGGAAAAAUUACUCUGCAUGAUUUAAAGCGAUGUAAGUUGACAAAUGUGUUCUUUGAUACUUUUUUCAACAUUGAAAAAUACCUUGACCAUGAACAGAAGGAUCAGUUUUCUAUGUUGCGGGAUGGAGAAGGUGAAAGUCAAGAGGUCUCUGACUGGGAGAAAUAUGCUGCUGAAGAGUAUGAUAUCUUGGUAGCAGAAGAGGCAGCAAGUGACCAGUGGAAUGACGGGUAUGAAGCAGAACUGAAUCCUGUAGACCAUCAGAAGGCCAGUGUUCUAAAGUAUCAAGUGGAGAAAAGACCAUUUUUUGAAAUGCCUUCCCAUCUGGCAGAUGUAGACUUGGAUGAAUAUGACUAUGAUGAGGAUUUUGAAUAGAGGUUACUCAUGGUCAGCACUUGCAGAAGAGAAGAGACAGUCUGCAGCAGGUCUGCUACACACUGAUAUGUUUCAGUGGGACUUCUUUCCAGGAAGUCAGCUUAGUUUUGUGCUAAAAAUAUCUAAUCAUUACACUACCUUUUAAGUAAAAGAAGUGCAUUUAUA